ACAACACUAUGAUCUAUAGCUGAUGAGGAAUCCUCUCCCCAAGUUCCUUUUCCUCAAACGAUGUUAUCAUCGUAGCUCUCCCCUCUUGGUGUCCCGCCAACGAUUUCCCCAACACGCAAGACGCAUUCGACCCGCCCCAAACCUGACGUCUCUCCCUUGGAAAUGGACAACCCUAGAGGACCCGUAUCUCUCACCAGAGCAUAGAGACGAUGUGGGGGGUGUCAGGGUUGCGGAUGUGCUACAGAGGGUCCAAGGGGGGCUACAACUUCAUCCGGGCUCCCGUCAAGGCUCAUCCUCUGGCGCACCGAGCGAAGGAAACGAACAAGAUCGAGAUGAAAUCCAGAGCCUCGCGCUCUUGCUGGAGCACAGUGGAUUAGUAGACAGGUCUAGGGGCAGCUCUCCCUCCGAACACGCCACGCAACUUGUCCACGCGAUCUGGAAGUCCACAAACCAGGCGGGGUUAAUAAUUGGCAGCUACAAGACCAUGACUUCCUCCAUCCCCCAGAUUCCCGAGCUCGAGCUCUUAGCGGACAUCGAUGUCAUGCUGUGGCUCAAGGCCAAUCGAGCUGCUGAAGGUGUGUUUUAUACUCUUGGGGACGGUCAUGUCGACCUUCGCGUCCUCACACAGUCUGUAUGCGACCUGAGCCGAGCCCUCACCAUCGCCGCACCAGCGACGCGCACCUAUCUCCCGCAAGCGUCGCCCGUCAUCCUCCCAUCCGUCUACUUCCACUCUACCAGCAUUCUCCUCCGUUUACUGGCACCCGUUGCGCCGGCCUUUGCCGAAGAGUGCUGGCAUACCAUGCACAGGUUGACUCGACUCCCGGACCCGCUGCAGUCGUACAGCGAUCCAAUGACCCGGGCGCUUGGAUUGGUGCGGUUUGACAAGCGGUAUGGAGGCCCUCCGCUAUCGAUCAUGGCGCAUCCGUUCCCGCAGGCCGACGAGAAGGCGUUGGAGCAGCUAGCCGCGCGGAAAAUGAAGGCCACGAAGACACCGGACCGGAAAGAUUUUUUCGAGGACGAGGUCCCGCUGCCUGACAUUCUGUUGACGGACAAGAAUGCGGAGAACCAGCUGAAGGAGUGGUUGGGACAGGAACUCCUGAAGAAGGGGAGAGCAACGGGUCGGGCCAGCUCUGAUCUAUCUACGGUUGAUAGUCGACCGUUUGUAAGCUCGGCAGUCGUACAAGCAUUCAGAACAGGAUUUCUGCGCAUCAGGUUUGAGAUGGAGCCUUCGGGCGAUCGGCGUGGGAAUCCGAAAAUAUGACCGUCGCACAAUAUCAACGGUCACAGUAUACAUAUUCGCUAGAUUAACUACAAAUCAAUGGGGACAUUACCACCUUCCC